AUGACCUAUGCGGAGCUGGUGCUGAAAGUCAGAAUUCAGAGUCCCAGAGAAAAUGACUUCAUUGAAGUUGAACUGAACCGAGAAGAGCUGAGUUACCAGAAUCUACUAAAAACCAGUUGCUGUGAACUGGGGAUUGAACCAGAGCAAGUGAAGACCAUCAGAAAGCUACCAAACACACUGCUCAGGAAGGACAAAGACAUUCUAAGACUACGGGACUUUCAGGAAAUAGAACUCAUUUUAAUGAAAAAUGGAAGCUCUGAAUUAGAAGAAUACACACCAUCCCUGAUAGAGAAGCCCUGCUACAACAGCAAUGCUGCAAAACUAACCUAUUAGAAAAAUUCUGGAAAUGAAACACUGGAAUCCAUGUUUUGUAAAUAACCAAGUGGGAAUGCAUGUACCGGUUUGCUAACUUCAUCUGUAUACUUUGGAAAAUUGUUCCCUUGAUUCAGACUUCUCUGGGCAGGGAGAAAUUUCAAAGUGCUUUGACAGAGCUUUUUUUUUUUUUUUUUUUAACUGUAUAGUAUGAUACUUAUCCCAAGUUUAUUUUGUAGAGUUGUACCUCAAUCCUGAUCAGGCAUAGGUAUUUACUACUAAGGUUCAGUCAGGAUGAAUAGCUGAGGUCUGUUCGUGUGAACUGCCCCAGGGCAGGGUAAGCUGAUAGAGCUGGGAAAGCCAAGACCCCCUCGUUCAAUCGGUGCUCCACUUUAAAAAGAUUUUUAGUAAUCUCUACACCCAAUGUGGGGCUCAAACUCACAACCUUGAGAUCCAUUCACCGGAUCCUCCCACCUUGAGCCAGCCAGGCAACACCCCUCCCAGCCCCCACUGGUGCUCCAUUUUUAAAAGCAUGUCACACCACCGGGGCACCUGGGUGCUACAGUCAGUUAAGUGUCCAACUCUUGGUUUUAGCUGAGGUCAGGUCAGGGUCCUGGGAUUGAGCCCCAUGUUGGGCUCUAGGCUGUGUGGAGUCUUAAGAUUCUCCUCUACAUCUGUCCCUCCCAAUCUCACUCUAAAAUAAAAAAUAUCUUAAGGAAAAAAUUUAAAAAGCAUGUCCCACAUAUCACAUAAUUUCCUUACACUUUUAAACUUGCCUAUAAAAUAGCAGGACUUAA